AUGAAAUAUUUCAUAAGAAACAGAUCAUUACAAUCAAUAAUUAUUAAAAUUAUUUUUGGUUUAAUUUCAUUCGUACUAGUUUUUGUAUUUGAUUUUCUACUUGAUUCAAGUUUCAAUGAAACAAACAGUAAAACACAUCUUGCAUUGUCGCCAAAUAUACAAUUAAAUCAAAGAUCGUCAACAAAUAAUCAACAAUCGAUAAAAUCAUCUUCUUAUGAAUACAAUUCUACACAUCUUUGGUCAAUGCGUUUAGCUGAUGAAAAUUAUUUUCAUUUAGCACAUCUUUUACCAUGUCGUAUUGUUGAAUAUCCCCGUGGGCCAAUCAUCGAUAAAAUUGAUUCAUGUGAUCAUUCAUCAGCAAAUGAAUUUUCAAUACAGAAUACAUUACAAGCUCAAAAGUGGCUUUAUGAACAUCAACAUCCAAUGGAUUGUACAAAUAAGCGUUUUGCUAUUAUUCACAAUUUUGCUGUGUCCGGUUUUGGAUCAACUAUGCAUCAGAUUGCAUGGGCAUUUGGUAAAGCAAUAGCGGAUAAUAGAAUUGCUGUAUAUCAAAUUCCCGGAAAUUGGCUUUACGGAACUUGUAAUUCAAGCACUCCCGAUUGUGUUUUUCUUCCUAUAACUAAUUGUUCAAUUCCAUCCAAAGUCGAUAGGAAUCAAACAAUUAAAAUCAAUGCUAAUAUUGGUUAUUGGUCGAAACCCAUUCAUCCAUUUAUAUUUCAAAAACGAACUUUUAAUUGGUAUCGUGCACAAUUAUUCUUUUAUUUAAUGCGAUAUAAACCCGAAACAUUAGCUUAUGCACAGAACAUUAUAGCACAAUAUUUUAAACCACCUUCAAUUGAUCUUCAUCAUCCAUAUAUUGCUGUAUAUGUGCGUCGAUCAGAUAAAGUUCAAAAUAGAGAAAUGUCUCAAGCAUAUACACUUAAACAAUAUUUUGAUUUAUUUGAUGCUGAUGUUCGACGAGCGAAUAUAAGCACAGUUUAUAUUAAUUCCGAAGAUGAACAAGUAUUCGACGAAUUUGCUCAAAUCAAUAAAGAAAAACAAGAUUAUUAUAAAUUAUUAAAAAUAACAGUGCAAAGAAAUGUUGUUUUUGGAUCAUUAAUUGGUAUGAUGAGAGAACAACGUGGAAAAAUUAUAUUAGAAUUUCUUAGUGAUUUAUUUAUUGAAGCUAAUGCAGAUUUACAUGUUGGUACAUUAACAUCAAAUUGGUGUCGAUUGGUUGAUGGAAUACGACUUGUACUUGGAAAAACAAUACCUUUCUAUACACCUGAAAAUCAAUUUUUGAUGGAAAAAUGA